GCGGCGGCAGCGAGUGGUUCCCGGCGCCCAGGCGGAAAGUUUGCGGCGACGCCAUGGGCUCCGACGUGCGCGACCUGAACGCGCUGCUGCCUCCGGCCGUGCCCUCCCUGCCGGGGAACGGCAACUGCCCCAUGCCGGUGAGCGGCGCGGCGCAGUGGGCGCCUGUGCUGGACUUCCCGCCCGGAGCGUCUUACGGCUCGCUGGCUCCGCACUCGCUCAUCAAGCAAGAGCCCAGCUGGAGCGCCACGGAGGCUCACGAGGAGCAGUGCCUGAGCGCCUUCACGGUGCACUUCUCGGGCCAGUUCACCGGCACCGCCGGAGCCUGCCGCUACGGCCCUUUCGCGCCGCCGCCGCCGCCGCCCAGCCAAGCGCCCGCCAGCCAGGCGAGGAUGUUUCCCAGCGGCCCUUACCUGCCCAACUGCCUGGAGAGCCAGCAAGCCAUCCGCAACCAAGGUUACGGCACGGUGGCGUUUGAUGGAACUCCAAGUUAUGGCCACACCCCCUCUCACCACGCAGCGCAGUUUACAAACCACUCCUUCAAGCACGAGGAUCCCAUCGUCCAGCAGACGUCUCUAGGUGACCAGCAAUAUUCGGUGCCUCCUCCUGUCUAUGGCUGCCACACCCCCACGGACAGUUGCACGGGCAGCCAGGCUUUGCUUCUGAGGACCCCAUACAACAGUGACAAUUUAUACCAAAUGACCUCACAGCUUGAAUGCAUGACAUGGAAUCAAAUGAACUUGGGAUCUCAACUUAAGGGCCAUGCAACAGGAUAUGAAAGUGAUAACCAUGCAGGCCCUAUGUUAUACAGCUGUGGGGCCCAGUAUAGAAUACACACCCAUGGAGUCUUUAGAGGAAUACAGGAUGUGAGACGAGUACCUGGAGUAGCUCCUAUGAUUGUUAGAUCAGCAGGAGACACAAAUGAGAAAAGACCUUUCAUGUGUGAAUAUCCUGGCUGCAAUAAACGAUAUUUCAAACUGUCUCAUCUGCAGAUGCAUGGAAGAAAGCAUACAGGUGAAAAACCGUAUCAGUGUGACUUUAAGGACUGUGAACGAAGAUUUUCUCGUUCAGAUCAACUCAAACGACACCAAAGACGACAUACAGGUGUGAAACCAUUCCAGUGUAAAACCUGUCAGAGAAAGUUCUCCAGAUCUGACCACCUGAAGACUCACACCAGGACUCAUACAGGUGAAAAGCCUUUCAGUUGUCGGUGGCCCAGCUGUCAAAAAAAAUUUGCUCGGUCUGAUGAAUUGGUCCGUCAUCAUAAUAUGCACAACAGGAACAUGACUAAACUUCAACUUACACUUUAGAUGUUUCACACUGUCUGUACACCAGAUGGACCCUAUGAACUACUGCAAACAUUUCAACCAUUGUCUGUCGAAUCUUUAGGAAAUCUCAGAUGCCUUCAUAAUGCGGUUGAGACAAGUUAACUAAACUGUAGGAUAAUGUUCAGUAUAGGCCUCUGCUUGGAAUUUUGAACCUUCCUAUUCCAAAACCUCGAUUUGUAACAUUAUUAUAUAAUUACAAGUUGACUAUGUUAUACUUUAAAUAUUAUGAUAGACUUUAGCUAUGUAUAUUUGUUCUUUCCUUAAAAGGUUUUGUACUUUUUAUUUCUUACUUGAAAUUUGCAAGUGCAAGCUAGUGCUAUGUCAUGCUCAUAUAUAAAUGAUUGGUAUGUUUGAAAGUC